AUGACGCUUAGACUCUUGGCCGAAGUGAGCCCCCAGGACUUGCUAGUAUCUCUUUCCGAGCUCCAAACCAAUUUGCACGGUUACAUCAAGUCCAUGGCUCUCAAGUGCGCAGUGGAUCUCAGCAUCCCCGACAUCAUCCACCGCCGCGGUGGGGCUGCAACUCUAGCCGACAUCGCAGCCGACACCAAGAUACAUCCAGCCAAGGUGCCACACCUCCGGCACGUGAUGGAAGUACUCAGCACUACGGGCAUCUUCACUGCCACCGCGGGUAAAGACAGCGGUGAUGCCGUGUACGGGUUAACCACGGCGUGCCGCUUCCUCGUCGGAUAUCUCAACCUGUCCCCUAUGGUGCCGUUCUUGGUGAGUCCUCUCGUCGUAUCUUCCUUCUUCAGCAUGUCUGACUGGUUACGAAAGGAGCCGGCUGCUGCCGGGUCACUCUUCGAGCUGGCGCACGGCUGCUCCCAGUCGGAGAUGGCAAACCAGGAUGCCGCGUUUAGCAGCCUCCUGAACGACUCCGUGGCCGCUGAUAGCCAGCUCUUCCUCGAGGUUGUUAUUAUGGACAAGGACCGUAUCUUUCGCGGGCUGAGCUCGCUGGUCGAUGUUGGUGGCGGCCAUGGCGCGGCCGCGCAGGUCAUAGCGAGGGCGUUUCCACGCAUUAAGUGUACGGUGCUGGACCUUGCUCACGUCGUCAGCCAGGCAACCGCCAGUGAUGGUAACAUGCAUUUCAUCGCAGGUGACAUGUUUGAGUCCAUUCCAUCGGCUGACGCUGUCUUCCUCAAGAACAUUUUACAUGAUUGGAGCGAUGAAAAUUGUGUCAAGAUACUUCAACGUUGCAAGCAAGCCAUUCCUUCUAGAACUGCAGGAGGAAAGGUGAUAAUCAUAGAGAUGGUGAGAGGAUCGUCACAGGGAGAUAGCAAAAUCAACGAGAUGGAAGUCAUACGGAACAUGUUCAUGUUGAGUAUCAACGGGGUGGAACGAGACAUAAAUGAAUGGAAAAAGAUCUUUUCUGAUGCUGGAUUCAGUGACGAUUACAAAAUCAUGCCAGUACUGGGCCCCUUUUCAGUAAUCGAGAUCUACCCUUCAUAA